AUGAAGUCUGAGGAACCAAGACUCGACACGAAGGCUAAUCCAAAUAUCUGCACGCCAGAUGAUGUUGAAUAUGUGAAAGGGCGGGAAGAGGAAAGUCUGACCGAAAAGGCCGAGCCAUUGUACUGUAUCCUAUCCGAGAAGGCAAAGAUUCUUACAAUAUGUACAUGCGCAUUAGUGACCUUCCUGAGUCCUAUAGCUGUUAGUAUGUAUCUUCCCGCCCUUGGGUCCAUGGCGAGAGACAUACAUGUGUCAACUACCAAAAUUAAUUUGACAAUAACUGCCUACAAGGUUUUCCAAGCCGUGUCUCCUCUGUUGACUGCCAGUUUAUCCGAUCUCAAUGGCCGUCGGCCAGUUAUUAUAGCCUCUUUACUCGUCUUCUUUGGGAGUAGCAUCGGACUGGCCCUUCAAACCGAGUUCCCGGCCCUACUCGUUCUGCGCUGUAUCCAAGGUUUUGCCAGCGCUAGCGCUAUGGUGAUUUCUGGCGCCUCUAUCGUUGAUCUCAUUACCCGAGGAGAGCGAGGCAAAUACAUGUUCUACUCCUCGCUAGGAACGACAAUUGGUCCAGCAAUUGGGCCAACUCUAGGAGGUAUCCUGACACAGUACCUGGGAUGGAGAAGUAUCUUCUGGUUUCUUGCCAUCACAGCAGGAGUGAUCAUCAUCACUAUGCUUUUAUUCCUGCGUGAGACCUGCCGCGCAGUAGUAGGCAACGGCAGUCUGGCUCCUCAGACAUGGAACAAAUGCGCACUUCAAUUAGUCCGACCAAUUACGCAACAACCAGCCCCCGACACACGAACUACAUUCAGACGACGCCCAGGGAUUAUCCAAACUCUCAAAAUGCUCCGGGAUAGACAUAUCGCUCUUCUUGUCAUCUGCGACUCCACGACCACUUGCGCGUCCUCAGCCAUUGUGAAUAGUCUGACAACCCUGUUGGCGAAGAACUAUAAGCUUAGCCCGCUGUAUAUCGGGUUGUGCUAUCUCCCUUUUACACUCGGAGGACUGACCACCCGCUGGACUGCGGGAUUAUUAGCGGAUCGGUUGUUUAGGCACCAGGCGCGCCGAGUAGGUGAGGAAAUCCAACCUAACCGACAGUCUCCGAAGCAGCUCCGGCGCAUACCCCUCGAAAAGGCCCGGCUAGGUCUUGGAUUGCCAUUUAUCUAUCUAUACUGCCUCUGCGUUGUUGCGUUUGGUUGGGUUAUGGAUUACAAUGUCCACUUAGCGGCCCCUUUGAUCAUCUUGUUCUUUUGCGGAAACGCGAGUGGAGGUGUGAACAACACCAUCAACAUGCUCGCUGUGGAUUUGAACGCCGAUAGGCCUGCUUCAACGCGUGCUGCUAUGUCUUUAGUAAACCGAUUGGUUUCAGCUGGCGCUGUUGCCGCUGUGGCACCGUUGAUCGAAGUUAUCGGUAUUGGCUGGGUUGGAGUGCUCCUUGCGGUCCUGAUGAUCAUUUCUACGCCGGCUUUAUGGACUCUGUAUUUUUGGGGACAAAGCUGGAGAGAGGCAAAGACAUCCGAAGAGGAUUAA